AUGUCUCGUCUCUUAUCUCUAGAGAGGAAUUUUAAGAUCGCAAAAAAAAGAUUUCGAGUAAAGGAGGAUUUGCCUUUACAGAUCGGUUGGAAGGAGAAGCUAUCAACAUUUGAUGCCUUCUUUGAAUGCCACGAGACGCUUCCGUAUAAGUUUGACAUAGAUUCAAAGAGAAACGUAUUUAUCGUCGAGAUGGGGGGAACUGCGCACUCUAUGCUUGCCACGACUCUAGGUUAUAUGUUUAAUGCUCCCAAUGGGGGCAUUCUUCUCGACCCCCCCAAUACAAGCCAUUAUCGUCCCGACGGUGGAGGUGUAAAAAAUGCCUCAGAUGUCGAAGUACAUCCGGGUGCAUACGUUAUUCCAAAAACUCCACUGACAACUCCAUUAAGACUAUGCCUCCAGUUAAUGUAG